GUGCUUGGAGUCCCAUCCGCAUCUCGGUCACUCUUGACACUGGAUCUCAGAUGGAAGGGCUUUUGCAUGCUUCAGGACAUCAGACCUGCUUUUGAACUGGACUAUUUUGGCUCCCUUAUUGAGAACUCUGGUGGCUCUCUCGGCUGUGCGACCUCCUAGACUCCACAUUACAUGGAAAAAUGCAAGUUUUGCCAGACAUUAAAGCGCCAUGUGACGCACUUGCUUCCCCCAGCCUGGAGCCCUACCCGCAGAGCUCCAUCACGGUCACCCUGGAGGACAUGGGUCUCUGGAUGAAGUUUCAUCAGAUAGGGACGGAGAUGAUCAUCACCAAAUCCGGCAGACGAAUGUUUCCACAAUGCAAAAUCAAAGUCUCUGGCUUAAUCCCCUAUGCCAAGUACCUCAUGCUGGUGGAUUUUGUGCCUGUGGACAACUUCAGGUACAAGUGGAAUAAAGAUCAGUGGGAAGUUGCUGGAAAAGCAGAGCCCCAGCUCCCUUGUCGCACCUAUGUCCACCCCGAUUCCCCCGCUCCUGGCAGCCACUGGAUGAAGGAACCUGUCUCCUUCCAGAAACUGAAGCUCACCAACAACACUCUGGAUCAACAUGGGCAUAUCAUCCUGCACUCCAUGCACCGUUACAAGCCUCGCUUCCACAUUGUGCAGGCAGAUGACCUCUUCAGUGUUCGCUGGAGUAUAUUCCAAGUCUUCAGCUUCCCUGAGACUGUCUUCACUUCUGUUACUGCCUACCAGAAUGAGCAGAUCACAAAGCUGAAGAUUGACAACAAUCCAUUUGCUAAAGGUUUCCGGGAGCAUGGGAAGAACACUCGAAGGGAAGGACGAGCCAAAUCCCAGAAGCCAAGUCCAGCCAAGGGCCAGAAGAGAAAGCUGCCAGAGGAAAAGGAGUCUGGUGCUGAGGAACGUGAUUUUGAGAAAGAUGAGAAUGUGGAUGUGAAGGAAGAGAGUAACCCCAUUGUGGUCAGCAGUGGGUACCCCUUCUGGAUCUCAGAGCAGAACAGCAGCCAUGCCUUUCCUGCAGCAUCGCCGGCGCCAGCCGAACAGAGGGAAGGUCCAGCCAGAGAGCAGCAAGUGCCUACACCAUCCUACCAGACCUACCGGUUCCACGAAGCUGGGGACAGCCAGCAGCUCCCCAGCCGCGAUGUCGCUGCCUUGAACGACUUCCGAGCGAGGUGCCACCCCUUGGAUCUCGCCACGGUGCCCGAGCACGACUCCAAACAGCUCCCAGAGGGCUUCACCAACCUGCCUCCGCUGCCCCCACCUCUGCCCCCUCCCCAGGACUACACUGGAGUGGUGAACAUGGCUCUGGACUCAGUGGGGAAACCUGGAGCUCGAGCGCCCAUGUACAGUCCUUAUGGCACCGAGCAAGGCCUUGGGCAGUGGAUGGUGCCACCCCACAGCCAGUACAGGGCGAUGAGCUACUCGGCCUUCUCCACAGAUUACAACACACAAGGGGCUUCGGGACAUGCCCACGGGACCAUGGCAGAGUGGAGCCAGUACCCACUGUUCCCCUAUGCCUGCUGGUGAGCAGGGAGGAACCUUCCCAAUGAACAGACUGAAAGAAAAUUGUAAAUGAGAACAGAUUUGUUCUGGGGUGCUAACCUUGAAGCCUUGUCUAUAGUAGGCAAAGAGGCAUUGCUGCAGAUGGUGGCAUGGGACGCCUUCACUUCCUUGUCUCCUUGCACAACAACCCUCACGGUAUUUCACAAGCAGCAGCCACACUGCUGGCAGUCCCAGCUGUGUCAGGGCACGUCUGGCUCAAUCUGUGUGUUCUGCAGUGCUUCUUCUCCAGCAGGAAUAGGAAACCACAGGAACUGUGAGAACUGCAGUGAAAGAGCUGCCGACCUCUGUCCCAGUCCAUGCUUGCAUUUGGCAGCUUCCAAAAUCCCUUCUUCCCAGGACACGUGUGCAAGGAGAUAGGGGCUGAGGAGUUUCAGUAAGCCAGGCCAAGAAGCUGUAGAGGAUUUUUGCAAGGAUGAGCCAGAAAAGCAAUUCCAGUGACCCCUUGAGCAGGUUUCAUCACUUAGUAUAGUCAAACUAAAAUCUUGCCUUCUUUUCCAGGAGCAUGUGACAGUAAAACAUGCAGUGGUACACGCGGCUGUGGAUCAUGCAGGCAGGGAAGAGCUCGUCUUCUGCACGAGAACCAGCAGCAAGGCUCUGUGUUGUGUCUGUCCCUCAUGCCCACCCCUAUCUCAUCUCCCCUAGAUGCGAGGUCAGUGAAACACUUCUUUCUGCUGGUGGUGGAGGGACAUUGUUCACAGAAUUCGGGGCUGCUCCAGGGGUCUCCAAAGGCCUGUGUUUGCCAGGAAUAGCAGUGCUGGCUUUGUGACACUCCAGCCUCUUUCUUUUGAAGGAGAAGAAAUCUUUCACUGUGAACUUCUUCUUCCACCCCCAGCCACCUGCAAAGAAUAUAAUCGAUAGCUAUUGUUGCUGUGCUACGAAAGCUUUGCCUAUAGAUGCUUCUGACCAGCCUGGUGUCCUUCAUCAGCCACAUCCUUUAAAAUAAUGAACACCACAGGCAUCCAUCCACGUGCUGCACUGCUCCCUGAUGCAGUGCUGGGUGCCUCCUGGCUGCUCAGUGCUGUCUUCUUGCGGGCUCAGGGAUCUGCUUCAGUGUCGCUUCCAUUGUCAGAGCAGUUUGACCUUUGUUACUGCUGUGGUCCCCUCUCCUGGAGGAGCUGUGCUGUCAGUGAGCAGCCCAUGGCCCUGCGUGGCAGAGAGGGUUAGAAAGUGUCUCUGUUUGCCAAGUCGCCCUGGCUGCGUGGUCCUUUUUGAGAUAGGCCCUUUGCUUCUGAGGGAGGACAGAAGAGUUCCCCACUGUUAAUGCAGAGAACAUUUUCUUGCAACGCUUCAAAUCAACUGCUCUGCAGUCCACAGCCAUCAGCGGGCAGUGAGGUGUGUGUGCCAGAUGGCAUUCUCUGCAUGCACUGUGCAGCAGCAGUGUGUGUGUGAGCAGAGCAGGGCAGGUUUGUGACUGCUGGUGCAUCAGGAGUGGCGUGCAGGUGCACACUGCUCUGCCAGCCCUGCACAGCGUACAGGUGUGAGACUGUGUUUGUUACUGCUAAAAUGACUUUGAAAAGUAGCCCUGCACGUUCGUGGAACUCAGCUACAGUGGCUGCUUCCUUAUUUAAACAGAGUACUGCUAAUGGGUUUGUACCGCAGUGACGGUGCGUGCAGAGCAGCAGAGUGAGCAGAGGUGGUCGGUGAGGUUCCCCAAUGAUCACUGCCAAGAAAACCUGAAGUCACACUCCCUGGCUGGUCCAUUAGCUCUGCUUCUUUGUCUUUGGAGCUGGGUUGUAUUCCCCUCUGUCGCAGGCUGAUGGUGAGCACGGCCAACUGAAGAGAACAGGGCAGCACAGGGAAAGCCGCGUGCCAGCAGGAGAGCUGGAUCAGGUGCCGUGUCAGAUGUCAGCAUGGCUUUGGGAGCGCUGCAGUUGGUGGAGCUGGUUUGGCUGCACAGGGUGAGCCUCAGCCUCGUGCACGGGAUUGCUGUUAAUUACUCACUGCCUGCUGUUGCAGCGGGACUCCUCGCCCUCCUUCGGUGAAUCACCCAGCUUAUUAGCCAAGUUCCUUUGCUUCCACUCCUCUGUCUCUGGUCAGAGGCUGCAGCUCUGUUUGCUGAAGCCCAGACACGCGUUGCCUAUAGCUGUGUGCUGUGGGCUCUCUGCUGCCGCCGCCUCCCUUUGCAGCUUCCCCUGUCUUGUUUUCUUCAGCUGUGGCAUUUAAAAUCUGUAUGAGCUCGACUGAAAUGCUGUUUUUUGCACGCAUGUGAGAUAAUGUAAUGCGUCUCUGACAGCUUCAAUAAAAGGAAAUGAGACAUGCGGAAGGCAGGCCAUUAAGAGCAAUAAAAUAAACUCGAAAGUGUGGUUUUUUGUGCAUCUCUUUCAAGCACGCUGCUGGCUCCACUUCAAUCCUGCUACCUGGGGCCAGUUCCUACAUGACACAUGCUGCUGAUCUGAGUGUUCUUUGUUCUCCCGGUGUAUUCGGAGAGCCCCAGGUUGUCUGCUUGCAUUGCUGGAUAUGACUCAGUCUCUUGUACCAAUUCUUUGGAGCAAAUACUUUAUUUUCUCUAUGUUUUCACUCCUCUUCUGCAGGGGAGUUAUAUAAGGAUGAGGACAAAUGGACUCUAAAUGGGAUCUAGGUAAAUUUCCUAUGGGAAAUAAAGAUCCUGAUUUACGUUGCAUUGUCCUACAGGUUUUUGCAGCCUUAAGCCUUGUUUGAGGCUGCUUCAGUGCAGGUAGGAAUGGCAGAAAGAUGUUUUCUUGCUGCCAUUCUACCAUAGAAGGCACGGCCUGGUGGUGGCUGCAGGCUCAGGGGGGGCACUGCGAUGCUGCUGCCCCACAACCCAUACUGUGCCCAGUCAAAAGACACCGUGGGUCCUCCCAGUGGAGCAGCCCCCCCUCGCCUGGCCAUGGCCCAUGCACUCAGGCAGCCCCGGGCCCUGCAGAAGGAGCAGCUUCCAGUGCGAGCUGCAGUGUCCACCAUCAGGUGCUCUGUGAGUGUCCCAUCGCACGUUCCCUGCACUCACCCAUAUCCCGGGUCACCUUAAGAGAGGCCAAGCAAGCAGCAUCCACCCCUCUCCAGGAACAACAACAUUCUUUGAGUCAAAUGGUUUUUUAUUACAGAGCUUAAAAGGCACUUAAUUUGCAAGCACCAGGCUGGGGUCCCAUAGGGAGCCUCCUAGCAGGGAGGAGCGCAGCGUUUGGCUGACAACAACAACAACAAACAGCAGCCAUCACCCACUGUGUAAGGCUGUACCAGCACACAGCCCACCACCUCCCUAUGCCCACAGCUGCAGUAGUGCUGAUGCUGAUGGCCUCCAGGUGCACAGGGUGCAGGUGGCUGCUCUUAGCAUCCCACCCUCACCCAAACUGCGCAGCAGAAGGGAACAUAAUGAGUUCUCCCUGAAGGAUUUGGGAGUGGGUGCUCUGCUGAACUUUAUCCCUCUGUGCUGGGUGAUGCUUGCCCAACAGCCCACCCUGAGGCUGUCUGGGCUCCUAUAGUAACUGGAGUGAUGGUUUUGCUGCUGUUUGUUGUGCCUGUUUCUGCCUGUUUCUCCAGGGCUCAGCUCUUGGUUUUCCAGCUGGGAAAGCAGACGUGCUCCUGGCCAGGCUCCUCCUACAGCUCCAGGUGUACGGCUGCAGCGUUCCUGCCCAGAUGGUGCCCUGCUCGGCACAUGAAAUGGCACAAAGAAUGCUGUUUUUCCCUUUACAAAAAUAAUGCUCGGGCUCUCCGGAGCCCCAACCCAAACAGGAUAUUCCCUUUUGCUCAUGCUUUCCAAUUUGUAAACAAUCAGGAUUUAAAUUAGCGCUUAUCCAGUGAUGGACACGGAUUGAAACAGUUUGCAUUGAAACUUUCCGACUGCUCGGCGGCUUCGGUGUCUGCACACACACGUACACAAGGGGAGGCAGCGAGCAGCGAGCCUUCAUGAUGGACAGCUAUCGUGGCACCACGUAUUAACGGCUGCCGGUUCAACAGCACCGACCGUGGGGUGGUGGUGCACAGAUGGAAGCACGGCUCGCACACUGCACUCCGUGGGACGGACACCUCGCAGCCCCAGGGAGCGUUUAUUUACACCGAUAGGUUAUUUACACCGAUGGGUUAUUGCCCAAAUGGGAGAGGCUUCGGAAAGCACCGGACGGCGCACGCGGCAGCGAGCGACUGAGAAGCCAGACGGUCCUUCCAACAGAAACACACACGGAUCAGAUGCAGUCUUUGUAGGAAAAUAUUUGUCUUACAGCAAAACGGCAAAGACACGAUGUGAAGCCAGGUUCCAACCGGCGGGGUCGGGCAGCGUGCUACAUUUCAACCACGCCUACCAUCACCGAACCGCGCCGCUCUAACAGAAAUACUGCUCGUCUGGGGCCCACAAUCUGCUUCACAGAAAGUUAAGGAUUCUUUUCUUUGCAUCAGAUGCCACUACACACCAUUUUUGCAUAGUUUUGAAGGAAAAUCUUUUGCUUUUCUGCAGUAUCAGAACGUAAUGAAACCUAAAACAACGCACGUGUUCAAGGUGUGCACCUCAUCCAAUGAGGAGAUGAGGCGGGACGCUUAUUGUCAUGAAAAAAACAACAGGUUAAAAGCUAUGUUCAAGAUCUCAAAUCUCACAGUAUUUAUUUACGGACUUGGACAUGCAAAGGAGGAAUUCCACAACCAGUCUGAAGAGCUGCCCGGAAAUAGGGCACGUCUGAAGUAAGGUUUCUCUGCAGCAGACCGAGCUUAGUGCAGCUGCUGUAUUCACAAGAUGACUUUCAGUAGUACAAUCCAUGUAGUAAACGUACAGGUGGAGUUGGGGCACAGAAACUCAGGACCUCCUUUAGUUAAGAGAGCUGCAUAGCUUUUCGUUGCAAGACAACCUGUCGAUGCCUAUUGUCAAGAAUUAUUACUCUUACAGCACCAAACACUUCAGUCAAUGCUACUCUACUUCACAGUUAAUUUGGUAGUAAAAUGCUCUACAAGAACUUCUAGACUGUCAGCCACUUGAUUAGUACUACAAAAGAUAACUAACAGAUGAACCGAGAGUUUCUUUUUAAAAAAAAAAACAAACACAACAGCAUUUUACAUCCCUUGUUGGAAAUGCCAUUCUUACACUUCUUCAGUGUCUUCCAUUCAAGGACCUCAUGGCACUUUCAGCUGAGUGAGAACAAUGUACUUUAACGCGGAUCAAGUGACACAAUCAACAAGAAAAUGCAUUGGAACUGAAGACAACGAUAACACUGACAUUUAUCAGAAGCAGUAGGGUUUUGCAGGUGUCUGAAGUUUCUCUUUUUGCUACAAUGGACAGCUUCAAAUGGUAAAAAAUGAAUGCAUUGGGGCACUACUGUUUUCCUGUCAGAUGUUCCUGGUUUUCUGCAGCAGAUAUUUUUCUUUAUCCAGGCUGUAUUCUGUUAAAUCGGUGCUCAAAUCAUUUAAAAAGCACAUUCCAGUUCACCUAGAAAACACAUCUAAAGAAGGCAGAAGAUACUACUGUACCUAAGCUUUCAUAUCCUGUAAACAGUCCAAGGGCUUGACCUGUAUGGCAUUGAUAAUACUCACACAGCUACAGCCAUAUAGUUCCCUACCAAAGGUGCAAUUACAACAGUACAGCUUAUGUACAGAAAAGGGGAGAGAAAGCUGUACUGAUAACAAACACCUGUGUGGCCUCCUCCAGCCUGAACUUUAAUUACCAGGUGGGAAAACCUUGGCAGCUGACUCCAAUUAACCAUUUUGUAGAGGAUGCUAGGAGUAGGAGGGGUCUGGGGCAUUUAUAAGCCAGAGCCAACUCCUUUAGAAGGGCAAAGAUUGCAGCAUGCAAGAGAUUUGUGAUAUGAGGGGA